UUUACUGAAAAACAAAUUAGAUAUAAAACAAACCAUUUUUGCCUCUAUUUCAAGACUUUUUUUUAUAUCAAAAGAAGAUGAAAUGUUUAUUUUUGUCCAUUGCCACAGAAAAUUCAAACAGCCUGGAGUUUACAAGAAUCAGAGCCAAAGGACUUAUUCGAGAAAGAUAAAUCAGGAUUUGCUUAGGAAUUUUUUUUAGAAUAUCUAAUAUAUUCACCUGAAAGAGUCAAACUCCUUAUCCCCCCAAAAAAGCUUCAAGAUGCCUUAUCAGCAAAGUAAAUUGUCAUUGCCUAUCUGUGUUCUCUCCACAGUCUGGGGGAACCAUGAAUAACUCACAGAUAUCUACUGUGGCACAGCUUGUCUUGUUGGGCUUUCCUGGUCCCUGGAAAAUCCAGAUCAUCUUUUUCUCAAUGAUUUUGUUGGUCUACAUCUUGACUCCGACUGGGAAUAUGGCCAUCAUCUGUGCAGUGAGGUGGGAUCACCGGCUCCAUACACCUAUGUACAUACUCCUGGCCAACUUCUCCUUCCUAGAGAUCUGGUAUGUGACCUGCACAGUCCCCAACAUGCUGCUAAAUUUUUUUUCCAAAACCAAGACCAUAUCCUUCUCUGGAUGCUUCACUCAGUUCUACUUCUUCUUUUGCCUGGGCACAACUGAAUGCUUCUUCCUCUGUGUCAUGGCUUAUGAUCAGUACCUGGCCAUCUGCCACCCUCUUCACUAUCCCUCCAUCAUGACUGGUCAGCUCUGUGCCAUUUUGGUAUCUCUUUGUUGGCUCAUUGGUUUCCUUGGACAUUCAAUUUCCAUUUUCCUCAUUUCUCAACUACCUUUCUGCGGUCCCAACAUCAUUGAUCAUUUUCUGUGUGAUGUGGACCCACUGAUGGCAUUGUCCUGUGCCCCUACUUACAUCAUAGAGCAUGUGUUCCAUUCUGUGAGCUCUCUUUUCAUCAUCCUCACCAUGGUGUACAUCCUUGGGUCCUAUGCCUUAGUACUCAGAACUGUGCUUCAGAUUCCUUCUUCAGCUGGAUGGCAAAAGGCCUUCUCUACCUGUGGAUCGCACUUGGUUGUGGUGUCUCUGUUCUAUGGAACCAUAAUGGUGAUGUAUGUGAGUCCCACAUCUGGCAACUCAGUUGCUAUGCAUAAGGUUAUCACACUGAUAUAUUCUGUGGUAACACCUGUCUUAAACCCUCUCAUCUACAGCCUUCGCAACAUGGACGUGAAAUAUCCAGUGAAGCAUGUCUUCUGUGCAAUGAGAAUUAUCCAGAGCUCAUGAAUAGGUUUUUUUUUAAAAUAACUCAGUAACUCUCUAGGCAAUUGGAAGAAUAAUCCUCGUCUUUUAACACAAACUGACUUUUAUUCAUAGUCAUCACAGUCCUUUUGUACAAGCAAAACUCCUCAUGUAUCUAAUCAUAUUUUGAUGGCUUCUAGUUUCAGAAAUGUGUUCCAUGGGAGCAAGUUGGCCCCAACAUACAGUAAAAAUAACACUUAAAAAUCUUAGUAUCUAUUUCCAGAAAGGUUUUUACUUUGGUGUGCAGUCUCUAGCCAAACAAUUUUGCUAAAACAUAUGAAUCAAAUCGAUUGUUUGUGAACAUAGUUAUCUAUCACUUCUUUAAAAAAGAUACAAUAUGCCUGUUGUCCUGCAUGUUUGGUGACACAUCACUGUGUACACUAAGGCACACUUUAGAGAUUGUAAAUUCAGUUUCACAAUCCUUAAUUCAUCAUCCUCAUCAACAGUGUACAAGGGGAGGCUGGAAGUUAGAUUUACAGAGUUGUUAGUACACAGUCCUGCUAAGUGAAGUGAGGGUCACAUCAAAAGAACCACUUAGAGGGCUUGACCCUGUCCCCUGACAUUUGAAGGACACCUUGACUGUCCUUGAUUUGUACCUGGAAAAAAAUGUAAAGACUGUGAAAGAGACGACUCUGAGAAAGAGUAAAAGGAGAUGGGCUAUAGCAGCAGCAAACUAAACUCCCACCCAUAACAGAACAAAUAUAGAAUACCCACAUUUGACCUAGUUAGACCCUAUGAGAAGUAACCUUCUUGUGCUGUCUUAAAAGGAAUCCUACCCAAAAGUGCUACUUGGAAAAGUAAGGCCAUUUCAAAAGUAAGUCUAUACAGAGUAGGUUACCCAAAUCCAGGGUUAAAAGAAGUCAUAUGGAGUCAGCCAGUGAAGCAUUGCCCACAUCAGAAAAUCUACAGUUUGGAGAGCCCACCUCAAAAAAAGAAAAUAUGUCAUGAAAAAGACAUUUAGACUACUGUUAAGCCUAUAAGGUAACAAUAUCUAAGUCAAGAAAAAGACUUUCUGCCUUUACUUCUUUCCCACCCCAAACCUAGAAUAACCAGAGUCAGCAGACUAAUGGAGGAAAAGAGAAAUGAAAGGUCAGAGGGAAACAAGCAGAUCAAGCCUAAAUCAGAUCCAGUUUGGAGGAAUGAGUUUUAAUUUGGAUAAAAAAA